AUGACAGGAACACCACUUUCCUGGGCUGCCAGAUGUGGUAGAUUCGAAAUUGUCGAGCUGCUACUUUCGGACAAAACAGUGCCUGUCAAUGAUGACCAGAAUGAAGAAAACCCCGCACUCGUAGAAGCCAGCAGAAGUGGCCAUACAGAUAUUGCGAGACUUCUUGUGGAAAGUGGAGCAGACGUCAACCAUCGUCACCCACUAACCCAUGCCUCUCAAACAGGCCAUGGGGAUAUAGUGAAAUUUCUCUUAGAAAAGGGAGCAGAUAUUCUUCACGGAUCUCCACUGGCGGAAGCUGCUCGGUGGGGCCACGAGGCAGUUGUGAGACUUUUGAUCAACAAUGGAGCCAAUGUGGAUAAAGGCUGUCCGCUAAGACUUGCGUCCAGUGGAGGCCAUGAAAAUGUGGUGGAAAUACUCAUCGAGUGUGGUGCAGAUAUAAAUACAGGACAUCCACUGGCAGAGGCUUCUAAAAGAGGCCAUGAAGCUGUUGUCAACAUACUUCUCAGCAGAGGAGCCGAUGCGAACGCUCAAGAUGCAGACGGUGUUACUCCACUAUUGUUUGCAUCUGAAAAGAAUCAUGGAGGUGUCGUGAAGCUUUUGAUCGACUAUGGAGCAGAUGUCGACCACGAAGAUAACUUUGGUAACACACCGCGCCGAAUGAUGAGUUUGAACGCCGCCACAAAGGCCAGCGUUGCACCAUGGAGCCGUGAACGUAAGAAACUUUUUCAGUAA